UGUGUGUGUGCGCACACGCGCUUGCUGGGCACUCCGAGCAGCUCUCUCGCUCUCUCUCUGAAGAAGAAGGAAAUGCUUGGGCUUGGGAGGACCUGACGGAGUGUGGGGACUGUGGAGGAACGUGAUUCCGCGAUUUGGGAUUCGGGGCUGCGUUCGGAUAUGUGACCGCUUCUGUUGCCGAGAGCUCCUGGGCUGCUCCUGUCUCUGCUUCCCUUUUUCACUCAAACAAAAAGAAACAAAAAAAGGACGUUGAUGAGGGACGAUGCCGACUGACGAUUACCACCUCCCUCCCGAUGCCCUCCCGCCGUUGCCGGAGAGCCUGCCCCCCCAUAGCGGUGUGAUCUCUGGGGAUCCGACGGGCCGGUUCCGGGUCUCCUCCUCUUCCUCCUCCUCCGCCUCCUCCUCCUCCUCCUCCUCCUCCCGCUCGUGCGGCCGCGGCGGCAUGGACUCCACGGACAGCGAGCGGCCGGUCAGCUACGGCUCCACCUCCUCCUCCGCCUCCUCCAGGGACAGCCGCUGCUCCCUGGGGAGCCGCUCCACGCUGGCCUCCUCCUCCUCCUCCGCCCACUGCCACCCGGGCCUGGGCUCCGCCCCCGACCGCGAACGCGACGCCGGCGCCAUCCGGCUGGAGCUGGUGCCCGCCCGCCAGCUGGACGAGGAGCCCAGCCCCGCCCCGGCCACGCCCCCGGCCACGCCCGCUGCCACGCCCACCGGGCCCAAAGUGCAUUAUGUGGACCGGGUGGUGCAGGAGAUCCUGGACACGGAGAGGACCUACGUGCAGGACCUGAGGAGCAUCGUGCAGGAUUACCUCGACUGCAUCUCCAACCAAUCCCGGCUCUCCCUGGGGGCGGAGGACAGGGGCUCGCUUUUCGGGAACAUCCGGGACAUCUACAACUUCAACAGUGAGCUGCUGCAGGACCUGGAGAGGUGCAACGCGGACCCCGUGGCCAUAGCCGAGUGCUUCGUGGCCAAGAGUGAAGAUUUCCACAUUUACACUCAGUACUGCACCAAUUACCCCAGGUCCGUGGCGGUCCUGACGGAGUGCAUGCGGAACAAGGCGCUGGCCAAGUUUUUCCGGGAGCGGCAGGAGUCGCUGCAGCACUCCCUCCCGCUGGGGUCCUACCUGCUGAAGCCUGUGCAGCGCAUCCUCAAGUACCACCUGCUACUCCACGAGAUAGCCAAUCACCUGGAGAAGGGCACGGAGACGUACGACGUGGUGCUGGAGGCCAUCGACACCAUGCAGCGCGUGGCCUGGCAGAUCAACGACAUGAAGAGGAAGCACGAACACGCCGUGCGGCUGCAGGAGAUCCAGAGUCAGCUGACCAACUGGAAGGGGCCGGACCUGAUCAGCUACGGAGAGCUGGUUCUGGAGGGAACCUUCCGGAUCCAGCGAGCCAAGAACGAACGCACGCUGUUCCUGUUCGACAGGCUGCUGCUGGUCACUAAGAAGAGAGAGGAGACUUACACGUACAAGGCUCAUAUCCUGUGCUGUAACCUGAUGCUGGUGGAGCUCAUACCAAAAGAGCCGCUGAGCUUCAGCGUCUUCCAUUACAAGAACCCCAAACUGCAGCACACCGUGCAGGCCCGGUCUCAGCAGGACAAGCGCAUGUGGAUCCUUCACCUAAAGAGGCUCAUACUUGAAAACCAUCCUGCGAAAAUUCCAGCCAAGGCCAAGCAGGCUAUUUUGGAGAUGGAUGCUGUGCAUCACCCCGGCUUCCACUACACCCCCGAGGGAGAGAAGAAGUUCUCCCCCCAUGCCAAGGAGAGCGCCACCACCAGGAGGGUGAGGAGGAAGUCAGAGCCCCUGUCCAAACUGCUGAAGAACUCCAAGCAGAGCGCGGCCAGUGCAGACCCCCAGAAGCGGAGCAGUUUGGGGAUGACCCUCCUGUCCCCCAUCUCCGCGCUGAGCCCCAGGGAGGGUAUGCUGGCCGCCAUUGGUCGAACCCGCAGCCUGGUGAACGAAUCGCAGGAGUCGCUGGACCCCGGGGACGCCAGCGACGCGGAGGACAGCUCGCACCUGCAGGACGCCGACGACGAGGACGACACCUGCCCGGGUUCGGGGAAGAAGUUCAAAAUCCAUGCAAGAGCCGCUCGGAAAAGACUGAACCCUCAGGUGUCCGUGGACAGCAUCGACAAGUGGCCGAAUUUAAACAUCAAUGCCUGCGACUUACAGACCGCCAAAGAGUCCCUGCAGAUGGACGCAGGCCACACCCCCCUCGGCGGGGCGUCCCGCCAGUCGGACGGCCGGGCGGACCCCCGUCUGGCCUCCGUCCUGGGGGGCGACCCCCUGGUGCGGAACAUCUGGACGGACCACCAGAUCCGCCGGGCCAUGUUCCCCCCCCGCCAGCAGACCCUGCAGGGGGAGGACGAGGACGACAUCUACCAAAUGUUCCUGCCCUCGGAGGCGGGGGCCCCGGACCGGGACCGGGACCGGGACCGGGCCGGGGGGAGGGCCCCGGGGCGGCCCUGCAGCUGGCACAUGGAGCAGCCGGACGAGGAAGAGGAGGAGGAGGAGGAGACGGCGCCCCCCGCUGGCCGGAGGGUGAUGCGGCGGGCCAGCAGCGUCGGGGAGCAGCGGUCGGAGAGCCAGGCCCCAGAGGGCAACGAGACCUCCAGCAACGUUUCGGGGUCCGACUCGGCCGAGCGGCUGAUCGCCGACGAGGUGGAGAACGUCUACGACAACAUCAGCUACGAGGACCUCAAGGCCAUGGGGCUGGUCCGGCGGGGGGAGCAGGAGGGCGCCCGCGCCCCGCCCCGAACCGGGCAGGAGCCGGGACCGAGCGCCGGGCCCGUGGAGAGACCCAGCGCCGCACAGGAGGGGCUUCCCGAAACGCCUGCCCCGUCCGAGAACCGAGCCUCCACCACCUCCUCCUCCACCACUAUCACCACCACCUCCUCUUCCUCUUCCUCCUCCUCCUCCUCCGCUCCAGAAGCCGCCGCUCCGGUGAAGUGCGAGCUGGAGAUCGUGGAGGAGAACAUCUACGACACCAUCGGGCUCCUGGACCGGCCCCCGCCCGAGCCUCGGGCGAGCGGGGCGGGGGCCGAGGGGCGGACUCAGGACGUCCCGCCAGCUCCAGAGCCCGUCUACGCGAACUGUGAGGUCCCCGGAGCGUCCGGCUCGGAGGGGACCGCGCGGGAGGGCGGGGCGGACAGACGCGACGCGGGGUCCUCCUCCACCUCAGACUCGCUGCCCCGCGAGCAGGGCGGGGCCAGCGCACCCCCCAGGGCAGACAGGAUGACGGAGCAGGUGGACGAGAUGUGGAACGACCUGGAGAACUACAUCCGGAAGAACGAGAAGAAGCAGGACGCCCGCCUGCUGGCCGCGUUCCCCGUGAGCGGGCCGGAGGGGGGGGGCCACGCCCAAAACCCCCGCGCCGAGCGGCCCCGCGCCCCUCAGAGAGGAAGCGACCGAGCAGGAGGACGCGGAGUCCCGUCCGGCCCAGCCCCUCCCCCGCCCCCUCCCCUCUCCCCCCGUUGUCCCGGAGACCAUGGUGGGCAGGUCAGGGCGGCCAAGAGCAAGCUGGCCCGGCUGAGCGGCGGGAGCUUCCGAUUCGACGACGGCGAGGGCGACGCCCUGAAGGAGGAGGAAGAGGAGGAGGAGGAGGAGGAGGGGGGCAGCGGCACUCUCCUGGGGCUCAGCGGGAGCAUGUUCCCCGGCGACCUGGCCAGUCUGGACCACACGGUGGCCUCCACCGGCGCCGGCUUCCGCCUGCCAGGGGGCGCCGGCGAGCUGCCCCUGGACUGGAGUGACAAAACCCGCAACCGCGUCUUCCUCAUGGCCCGGCAGUACAGCCAGAAGAUCAAGAAGGCCAACCAGCUGCUGAAGAUGAGGGGCGCCGAGCAGGAGCCGGGCGGCGGCCGGGCCCGGCCCAAGCAGAAGGACCUGGCCGCCAUUUUGGAGGAGAAGAAGCAGGGCGGAGCCGCCAUAGGUGCGCGGAUCGCGGAGUACUCUCACCUGUACGAGCAGGUGGUGUUCAGAGAGCCGCCGGCGGGGGGCAAGCAGAAGCCCCCCCGCAGUCAUUCGGUGGACCCGGAGUCGCUGCAGCGCGGCUCGCUGUCGGACUCCGACGGCCGAGGGCCUGAGGAAGAGGAGGAUGACUGGCUGCACUCCACCUACAGCAACGGCGAGCUGGCCGACUUCGUCUCCUGGCCCCGCGACGCGUCCACCCCCCGGCCCAAACUCACCCCCGCCAGCUCCGUCCCGGCCCUGAGGACCCUCCCGGCCCAGCCCCUCCCCCUGCUGCCGCCCAAUCAGAGGUGGAGCGCCUGCGUCAACCAGCCAAUCAGGGAGGGCUUGGACCCGGAGCACGUGUACAGCUCCCUGGGGCGUCGGCCCGGGACCGCCUCCAAGGCCCCGCCCUACGACAGGUGCCAGUCCUUCGCGUCCGUGGCGAUCGCGGUCAUGGCCGCCGGUAAGGGGGCCGAGCCGUCGGGGAAGGAGAACGUCCAGACGGCCUCCUCCAAUCGGGGCUCGGGGGUGGAGAAAACCCCCCGCUUCCCCGUCCCGGGGCUGGGCCAAUCAGGACGGCAGCACAGCCUCCCGGAGAAGUCGACGUCGUCGUCGUUGUUGUCGUCAUCGCCGCCGCCGCCGCCGCCGCCGUCGAGCGCAAGCUCGGAUCUGACGCUCCGGGACGGCCAGCAGGUGGUGGUGGUGAGCAGAACCACGCCCCUCACCCCCCACGCCGCCACCCAGAACUACCUCGCCAACUUCAAGGACGACGGGGGCGGCGACGGGGACGACGACGAGGACUACGUGGAGAUCAAAUCGGAGGACGAGGACCUGUCGCCCCCGCCGCGGGUCGACUCCGCCCCCGGCUCCGCCUCCGCCCCCGGCUCCGCCCACUGCUUGGACAGGCAGCAGGGCAGGAGCCUGAUACAGUCCCACAGCCUGCCCUGCACCCCCGUAAAGUCCUGCCACCACCCCGCCGUCACCCCCCCGCUCCCCCUCUCGGCCUUCGCCGACCAGAGCAAACUGAGCAGCUACCUGUGGAGCGAGCCCCAGGGCUCCCAGAACAUCGUGCAGUCGCUGAGGGACAAGUUCCAGUGCCUCAGCUCCAGCAGUUUCGCCUGAGGCUGAUUAACAUCACUAUCGUUAUUAAUAUCCAUAUUCAUAAUUCAUAAUCUUUGUGUACUGGUAUCCAUUCUCUCUUGGGAAACCCAGAACAAUGCAGACCGUGGUUAAGAGUCACAGGCUAGCACUGUGGACACUAUUUCCGAGAAGCAACAUCCGGCAAUAAUUUAAUAUUCUUCCACGUUUUUUUUUUGUUUGUUUUGUUUUUCUGAGUAUAGAUGCUUUUACGGUAUGUAUAUUUAAGGAAAGGAUUUAAAAAAAAAGAAAUAAAUCAGAGACAGCGUUUGUACCGUAGUUUACGUAGCACUAAGGUUUAAAUCGAUGCACAGCUCAGGCUGCGGGUGGGCUAUGGGUUAAAAAGGGAUCCUCUUCAUAGACGCCCCUCUUCGCAUAAGCCCACCUGUACAUAGGCUUUGCUGUGUAGCUUUGCUGAACACAGGCGUAUGCAGUAGAGCUCAGGGGUCGGGGAUAACCAAUCAGCAAACCCGGCCUGUUUCACACUCCUGUACCGCAUGGAGUAUGGGGCCAUGUUCAUUCACGUUUGGAGAAACAAAAUGAAGACCCCCCCCCCACUUCAACUCUUCUCACCCUUACCCCCCCCUGAGAAUCUGGAACCUGGAAUUAGGCCCGCAUUUAACCUCAUCCACAAUGAAGAUGUACGUGAAGUCAUGAAGCAGCAGCCCGCGUAAAAAUGAUAUUCGGCUCACAAAGUACUUUGAGCAAAAAGGUGAAAAUUUUAGCUGUCAUUUUUUUCUAAUAAGGUUCCUGCAGGACUUUGAAAUUGCAGCUCCGGCUUUUAAGAAUAAGUGACUUUAAAUUUAGACUUCUGUUUGUCCGCGUAGAUGAGAAUAUCGCAGCUCAGAUCGCUGGUCCUCUUCGGUGCGCUCACGUGGAUCUGCCACCGUUUGUGCAUUGCUCACAAGAUUUAGAGAAGCUUUAGACGCUGACGAGUUUGUGCAUUCGGUAACUGCAUCUCCCACUCAGGAUUCCAAUAAAGGUAGUUAUAUUAUGAAUUAGGUAUGCAUGCUUUUAGACCUGGAAUGUCCAUAUAUAUAUAAAUAUAUAUUAACUAUGCGCGCAUAAAUGGUAUUUUUGUAAUAGGACUCUAAGGGUUUCCAGCGAUGUCUUCCAGGUUUAUGCUUCGAGAGUGAAGAUUAAAUUCCUAUUAAAAUGAGAAGAGAGCGGACUUUAAUCAAAAGGUAGUCUUGAAGAAAUGUACAUAGUCGUUACAACUAAAUACGCUAAGCAGCAAUAGUAUCUAUUUAUUUCAAAACUACAUGUGUGAACUGUUUUUAAAGGUAUAUAUUUAGGCCACUGUGUACGUGUCUGUAGUUUUGAGUGAAAUAUAAUUACAGGACAGUUCGUAUGUGGUAAUAACAUAAAACACUUAUUUUCUAUGAGGGACCACUGAAGACAGAUUUAAGGAUUUUUUAAAAAGUUGCUUAAGGAGUACUGUACCGAUGUAUAUGUUUAUUAAACUCGUCAUGUUCAUCAGGUUAUGAUUUUUAUUUCAUUUUUGUUUACUUUUUGUGUUGACAUUGGGAUAGUCCCGCCCCCUCUGGUAAAAACUACUGAUGGUUCAUCCAAUGACGGUUCCUGUUUUCCUUGUCACUCAUCAUGGAUCACACUGUCUCAUAACACUGUCUCUCUCACUCCUGUGUUGUUCAAACACGCUGAGGUUUUAUUAGUUUCAGGGCUAAGGUUGUGAUGGAGGAGCAUUGGUGGAGCUGGACCUGGGGUUCCUCCAAACAAGUCAGACCAAACCGUUCAUGUUCCAAGCUGGUGCAAAUGUUUAUUUAAAGGUCAAAGCUGCCUCCUUACACCCCAGGUGUGUGUAAAAAAAAUAAUAAAUAAACAGAAAUGAUUGUUUAGUUGUGGUCAGGCACAUUUCAAACCUUCUCUGUCCAGAAUAUACAUUUCUUUCUAACUUUCCAGUUGAUCUUUGCAGUAAUGUGUUCUUCACUGACAUUUAUGUGGGUUUUGUUGUCAUUUUUUUCAUGUUGCUUGUUCGAAGUCCUCGUUUUUUCACAAACAUCCAGUAAAGGAGCACUUUGGCCAAAUUCUAUCAUUUUGAUGUGCUGUGUAAUAGGUAUGAACCCCUGCUUUGACUGGCAAUAAGGCUUUCCAAAAUGGAGUCCGGCUCGAUCCUAACCGCUCUAAUUCCUGACGGCGUUGAGGCUAUUCAGACCUAUGUUUAAACACGAAAUUGUAUAUUUGGAUUUUGGUAGAACGGUCCCUGGCUUCAAGUGUAUAGCAGAAAAUUUGUAAAAUAAAAAAUAAAAAAAGUAUUUAUUUAAAGGCUGCCUGACUUGGGCUGUUUUAGCAAGGUUCAGUUUGGCUCGUGUUUAUACUGUGAAUGUUAGCAAAAGACAAAUCUUAAAGCACUGUUCAAACAACAAUGUUCAGAGUCAGAAUGCCUGCCAUAAAUAUCAAUGUGCAUACACCAAACCAAUGUGACAUGAAGUAUGGCCUGGGUUUUCAUUGCUUUUUAUUGUACAUUUCAGUUUGUGUGUUCUUUGCUUCACAGAUGGGGUUUGUCAACGUUUUGUCCAUUGAACAGAGUCUUUUGCACUUUUCCCCCCCUUUUUUUUUUACAUUUGAUUUGUAAACACUUUGUAAAGAUGUAUGUACAUUUUAGGAAAGUUAUAAUUUUAUGCUUUAGGUUUGCUUUCUUACGCUCUAAAGUUUUAAGUUAAGUAUACGUUUUUAACUGCCUAGUUGUCAUUGCUUAGGAAACAAAUGUACGGGAGGCAAUAAAUAAAUGUAAAAUGAAAACAA